AUGGAACAAAGAAGAGUCCUAUGGGAUAACCUACAACAACUUUCACUGAGUAUAGCAGUACCAUGGAUGAUAGCUGGAGACUUUAAUGCAGUGCUAUGCCCCAAUGAUAGAUUGUCUUCUAAUCCACCUGGAGCAGAUAGAGUCAGUAGUAGAUUGGACAGAGUUGUUGGCAAUUAUAAAUGGAUGACGUCCUGGGGUCAUGUGGAAACAAAUUAUGGAUUGCCCCAAAUUUCAUACCAUGCUCCUAUGUUGUUAACACUGACAUCUUACACAUCGAAAGGUAGAGUGACUUUCAGAUUUUUUAACAUAUGGGCAGCACAUGAAGACUUUCCUCAAAUAGUAGCUAACAUGUGGAAUUCACAGAGUACACAAGGUACUUUGAAAUCAGUUUGGACAAGAUUGAAAGACCUGAAGCGUGCUUUGAAAGCUUUAAACUCUAAUGAAUUCAGGGGCAUCACUCAGAAAAUUGAGAAGUCUAGACUAGAACUCAGGGAUAUCCAAGAGAAAAUCUCACAGGAUUGCACUGAUACUCUACUAGAUAUGGAGAAGAAAACACUACUGAACCUUGAGAAAUGGUCUUUAAUUGAAGAGAGUGUCCUGCAGCAGAAAGCUAGAGCAAGAUGGAUACAACUUGGACAUUCAAAUUCUAAGUACUUCUCAUUAGUAAUGAAGCAUAGAACUCAAAAGAAGCAAAUCACAGAAAUCACAACUUUACUAGGAGAUAAGUUGACUGACCCUGAUGCUAUCAAAAGAGAGAUUGUUGAAUUCUAUAAAGGCCUAAUGGGAUCAGUUGCUACUUCUUUGCCUGCCAUCAACAGAGUGUACAUGAAGAAUGGUCCUACACUAUCUCAUCAACAAAGAGUUGAUCUAUGUGCAGAAGUAACUAAUCAAGAGAUUGUUGAGAGUCUUAAAGAAAUUGGUGAUGAUAAAGCUCCGGGUAAUGGCUUUAAUGCAGUCUUCUUCAAGAAAGCAUGGGACAUUAUCAAUACUCAGAUCACAGAUGCAGUAAAAGAGUUUUUCUCAACUGAAAAGAUUUAUAAGGCCAUAAACUGCACCACUGUUACAUUAGUUCCUAAAGUGACUAAGCCUGCCAUAGUUAAAGAAAAGAUUGCUGACAAUGUUAUCCUAGCUCAGAGCUGGUUAAAUCUUACACUAGAGCCCAGAUAUCUCCUAGAUGUGAUAGAGGAACUUGGAUUUCCUGACAGAUUUAUCAUGUGGAUAAUGGAAUGCAUCAAGACAGUCAAUUAUACUAUCCUUGUGAAUAGAGAAACCACAAAACCUUCCAAUGCUGCCAAAGGUCUUCGACAAGGAGAUCCUAUCUCUCCCUUCCUUUUUGCAGUUGUGAUGGAGUAUUUGAGUAGAUCUUUACUUGAACAUAAGAAGGAUCCUACCUUCCAAUAUCACCCCAGAUGGAAAUACGAAAACGAAUAA